AUGAGCGAAGGGCUGAAGCGGGACUACCAGAUCGGCGGGGAGAUCGGGCGGGGGAGGUACGGCGUCGUCUCCCACUCCUCGUCGCGCGCUACCGGAGAGGUGUUUGCCGUGAAGACGAUCCAGAAGACACUCCUCGCAGGGGACGCCCUCGAGAGGGAGUGCCUCGAGAAGGAGGCGAAGCUCCACCAGCUGGUGGCCGGCCACCCGCACAUCGUCGGCCUGCGCGACGUCUACGAGGACGACGAGUCGCUGCACUUUGUACUUGACCUCUGCGCCGGCCCCGAUCUGUUCGACCAGGUCGCCGGCCGCGGGGGGCCGUUCUUGGAGGCAGAGGCCAAGGCCGUGAUGCGGCCGCUGAUGGAGGCUAUCGCGCACUGUCACCGCCGGGGGGUCGCCCACCGCGACAUUAAACCGGACAACGUCCUGUUUGAUGCCUGGGGGCAGCUGAAGCUCGCCGACUUCGGGUCGGCUGACUGGUUCGGCGACGGGAGGCCGCUCAGGGGCGUGGUUGGCACCCCGUACUACGUUGCGCCUGAGGUGCUUUCCGGAAGGGAAUACGGAGAGAAGGUGGACGUGUGGAGCGCCGGCGUGAUUUUGUACGUACUUCUCGCAGGGAUUCCGCCCUUCCGAGGGGACUCGGCCGUGGAGAUCUUUGAGGCGGUGAUGAGAGCGAAUCUGAGAUUCCCUACGCGCAUCUUCCUCGGCGUGUCGGCAGAGGCGAAGGACCUACUUCGGAGGAUGCUCUGCAAGGACGUCACUCGGAGGCUUUCCGCGGAGCAAGUGCUAAGUAUGUCGCUCUUCUUCUUCUUCGACUCUCUGUUGGUGGUUUCUUCCUUCCUUUCUUUCCUUCUUUUCUUGUUGUUUCUCUGGAUUUUUCGGAGGGAAUGCGUUGGCUGUCUCCGAUCCGUUUCUCGAACAUCUCCACCUCUAGGAAUUCCUGAUUAUCGGAUGUAUUCUCGAUCUUUAACCCCCGAGCCUUGUUUUACGUUUCAAGAGUUAUUUUCCACGGGUUGCGGUGUGGUUUCCAUUUAUUUUAUUUUCGUUUUCAGUUCCAGUUCCUGUUACGUCGUUUCGUUCUACCCAUCUUGCCCUCCCUUCUUUCUAUACCGCUCCGAGGUCCUGACAUUUUCAUCCUCCAUCGCUUAUUCAGGGCACCCGUGGAUGACCAGUGGACCCGAGCUCAUCUGA